AUGGACUUCUCUCUGGGCCUACGCUUGGGGCCUCGCAACAAGAAGGCUGCUCACCAAGAACCCCCUAGCCCCUCCAGGCAUGGCCCACCAGGAGCCUCCCCUUGUCUGUCCUGUCCUCCCUCUGCCUGUACCUUCCCCUGCCCUGGCUGUCCCCCUUCCACCUGCUCCUGCACUGCCUGUCCCUCUUACACAGCUCCCUGCCCCUCCUGUCCCAGCCUCCCUGGUCCACCCUGCACCUGCUCUUGCCCUCCCUGCCCUGCCUGUCCUCCCUUGACUUGUCCCCACACCUGCUGUGUCCCAUGCUCUGGUCCACCUGUGACCUGCUGCCAUCCCUCACCUUGCUCCAUUUACUCUUGCUCCAGGGGCCGAGCUGCUUGUUUGAGUUCCCAUGUGGGCUGCAGUGACAGCUUCUGCUGUGGGCGAGGGGCUGCCUGGGGGCCUCCAGGCUCUGUUGGCUGCUGCAGCUGCUGCUUCAGGGGGCAACGUACUUCUCAGGGACGCUGUCUGAUAGUCUAG